GAUAUGACGCCCCUGGCCACAACUGUGGCCAACAUGCUGGUAAUUCUACCGUGAGAGAGGUGGAUGGGAGAGCUAGCAGCCCAGCCUCUACACAGGCAUCACCCUACGCUGCCCACCAUGGCUACGCUGCCCACCAUGGCUAUGCUGCCCACCAUGGCUACGCUGCCCAUCAUAGCUACGCUGCCCACCAUGGCUACGCUGCCCACCAUGGCUACGCUGCCCACCAUGGCUACGCUGCCCACCAUGGCUAUGCUGCCCACCAUGGCUACGCUGCCCAUCAUAGCUACGCUGCCCACCAUGGCUAUGCUGCCCACCAUGGCUACGCUGCCCAUCAUAGCUACGCUGCCCACCAUGGCUACGCUGCCCACCAUGGCUACGCUGCCCACCAUGGCUACGCUGCCCACCAUGGCUACGCUGCCCAUCAUAGCUACGCUGCCCACCAUGGCUAUGCUGCCCACCAUGGCUACGCUGCCCAUCAUAGCUACGCUGCCCACCAUGGCUACGCUGCCCACCAUAGCUACGCUGCCCAUCACACCGAGUCACCAAGACCUGCUCCUCUACCCUGUGUGACACACUUCCAUUACCAUUAG